AGUAUUGUCUGGCAAUUAAAUUUAAUGACGUAGUCUGGCAACGUACACUAUUAGCAGGGUUUGUUUUUUACAUUCUGUUACAAGUUCGCGCGUAAUAACAUUUAAAGUUAUUCUUUAUUUUGAUGAAGCAUUAAUUAAGUACAGGAAAAGUAGGGAGAGAAAUUACUGCCAUCCUUUGCAGCAAGCACUUAAAGAUUGCAAUAUGUCUGAUUCAUCUGAUUAUUGGUUUGAUUUGACUCUGGACCAAGAGGCGCUACAUAAUGUAGUGGACACACCAAAUAAAUCACUAUUGCACACAGGAGAACAUUGUCUAGGGUUCGAUAACAAUGUUGGCGAUUCGUGGCUGUAUCCUAGUAAUUUACCGGAGCGGACCUACCAGUUAAGCAUAGUAAAAUCAUCACUCUUCAAUAACACACUCGUUGUGUUGCCGACUGGACUUGGUAAAACAUUCAUUGCUGCAGUUGUAAUGUAUAAUAUCUACCGAUGGUAUCCGACUAGUAAAGUCAUAUUUAUGGCACCAACUCGCCCAUUGGUGGCACAACAAAUUGAGGCAUGCCAACGUGUAAUGCCGUUUCCUGAAGAAGAUACUGUUGAGCUGACUGGUAAAUUGCAUCGUAACAGUCGCAAAGAAAUUUGGAAGAAGAAACGUGUGUUCUUUGCAACACCUCAGGUGGUGCUGUCCGAUAUGUUUGCCGAUGACGACAAAUGUCAGUCCGAUUUAAAUUUUCCUUUUAAACAAGUAAAACUGAUUGUCGUAGACGAAGCUCAUCGGGCAAAGGGACGAUAUGCAUAUACGGAAGUAGUUAGAGCCAUGAAGGAGCGAAAUAAUUACUUUAGAGUUGUGGCACUCUCAGCAACUCCUGGUCGUACGAUGGAAGAUAUUGCUGAAGUCGUACAAAAUCUGCUCAUAUCUCAUAUUGAAGUACGUUGUGACACAUCAGAAGAUGUACUGCCUUAUAUUCAUAAACGGAAUAUGAAAACGGUUGUGGUACAGCUUGGAAAUGAAAUAAAAGAAUUAUAUGCAGAGAUCUUAUCAAUUAUAGAUCCUUAUCUAAAGGACUUAAUAAGUGCUAACGUAUUAAGAGGAUCGUUGAAAAACAUUUCACGUAAUUUUCUUUUGUUCGAACAGAAACGGUUUCGGGAAAUUAAACAAAAUCCGCAGCAUUCAAACAUAUCGGUUUCAAAAAAUUUUUCAUUUUGUAUUAGUAUGUAUCAUGCUCUAGAACUAUUGGAACGCCAUGGCAUUCGCGUAUUUCUUAAUUAUUUCGAGGAGGACGAAGAUGGGCGAAAUAAGUUUGUUGUAAAUAUGGAGCCUAAAGUACGUAAUUUAUUGGAUCGAUUACGUCAUCAUUUUGGUCGAGACUCUUUUGAAAUUUUAACACAUCCGAUGGUCAAUGGUCAAAUCGUUAAAAUGCCGGACAAUUUGGACUUUGGACACCCAAAGUUUGAGCAAGCAAGAACUUGUUUACUUCAACAGUUUCAAACUACACCAAACACGCGUGCUAUAGUUUUCUGUGAAUAUCGAGAAUCAGUUAUGCUUAUGUAUCGAUUAUUGUUACACCAUGAGCCGCUCCUGAAGCCACGUUAUUUUGUAGGUCAAGGUGGGGGUAAUAUGGGUUCUUUGCGUCCAUUAACACAAAAGCAACAGAUUAAAAUUAUGGAUGACUUUCGAAGUGGCAAAUGUAACAUCCUUAUAGCCACCUCCAUCGGUGAAGAAGGUAUUGAUGUUGGCGAAGUAGAACUUAUUUUAUGCUUCGACAUCAAUAGUUCUAAUCCACAGCGUUUCCUUCAAAGAAUUGGACGAACUGGAAGGAAAAAACAGGGUAAUGUUGUGGUAUUGGUUACCGAAGGCCGGGAACAGCAAAUUUUUAAAGAUGUUUUAGCUCAAAAAGAUUUAACUAAUGGAAGAAUGCUCCAAUCAAUGAUAGUAAACAAAUCAUUAUAUAAGAACUCACCACGAUUGGUCCCUACUGAUGUAGAUCCCAAUGUAAUUCGCAUUUAUAUAAAACCUACUAAAUCCAAGGAAAAGAACAAAAAUUUAAAUUCAGAAAAUAGAGCAAAAGAAAAGUUGGAUAAUCAGGAUUUGAGAAAUUUUUUCAAAAAAAAGGUAACUCCUAAUCCUAACACAAUGUUCACAGAUCCUUCACAGCAUGGUUUAGAGACGCAGCAAAAUCUUGAAAAAUGUUUUAGAAAAAUCGAUGACUAUUUCAAUGCUUUUGAUGACCCCGUGGCAUCUAAUACACAAUUAUUAAGGGGUAUUACAUGUACACAAACAUUUUCUCAUAAAUUAAACUCGUCUCAAAGAAUGAAUCUAUAUAACUCUCAACGUUUUCGUAAUCUAAAAAAAGUUUUUGAGAAAAAUUCACCUUUAAUACCUUCCAAAGAACUUAUUACAAAUCCGAUAGAACAAUUAAAGUCAUCCAAGGUAUCUAAUGAUGGAAAACUUUUUAUUUUGCGCACUCAACCAUCUAUUGUUAGUAAUAUUUUUGAGAAGAUGAAGUUGUUGGAGAUAUUACCAUUGAAACCCGACGAAAUGUCAGACGAAGAAAAAGAUAUCCGACAUUUGUACAACAUUAUUGAAAAACUAUUGGGUGGCAAUCCUUUGACUGUAGAAAUGUUCAUUGAUGAUGCUGAUAUUGAACGCGUAGUUAGACAACGAAUUCAUAGACCUACCUCUGAUUAUGAUGUAAGUGAUAGUGAGUACAAAGAUGUUUGCAAUACAAUAUUCGAUGGAUUGGAAGAACAAGGACUUUUAUGCGAUAAUUUUGAUUACAUACAAGAAGAAUUGAAGAAAACUAAGUUUUAUAAAGAUGCAUAUCCCAAACCAGAAAAUGAUGAUUCUCAACCUAUAUCAUAUUCACCACUGAGAAAUGACGCCGAUUCAAUGGUAUAUGAAACUGUUAUUUUAGAUGAAGAAGCUGAAAUCAGCACAUUUGGUGAAUCUAGCAUAAAUACUGAAUCUAUGUGUCAAGAUAAUUGUCAAUGGAAUGAAUUUACAAUAAAUGCAGGUAACAAGUCGACUCCAGUACAGGGUCCUUUAGCAAAAGCUUUUCAGCGGCAGCUUUCAAAAUUUGGGAACAAAAUUCACACAAAAGGGAAAUCUUUGAAACUGGACGAUAAUUUUGGUACAUAUAACAGCGGAGAUAAAUCAUCUGACGUUAUAACUUUAUCUGAUACAUCAGAUGAAGAUUAUCAGGCAGAAACACAGGCCUUGAUCAGUAGAAGAUCAACAAACUCGGAACCGAAGUAUAUAAAACCAAAUUUAAACAAAUGUUCAAAUAACUGCAAAAAUGUCGCCUUUACUGGUGAUCUUUCUAAGCAGAUUCCUUCAUUAUCAAAUUCAACCCAAAAUGAUUUAGACGUCGAUAGAAAUAAUUUUUUGAAACCAAUUCCUGAAGAAACUCGUGAGGAAUCUGUUGACAACAUUCCUACUUUGCAAUCCAAAAUUGACGAUAGUAGGGCUUUUACGAACCGACCUUUUUACUCCUCAAAUUUCAAUUUAUUUCAAACAGGAAAUAAAUACACUUCUAAAGUGAACUGUAAUUUAGAAGUUUUGAGUUCUAACACCGCCAUAACGCCACCAGAAGGGCUAGCAGGUCCAGCAGAACAAUAUAAAAAUUCAUCAACCCUGUUCUCUCCGCUCCAAAUAGAAGCUAAUGAUUUUUUAAAUACAUCAACUAAUGUCAAGCCAAAUUUAGAAAUGCAGAGUCCUAUAAGACCCAUAACACCACCAGAAAGAUUAUCAACUCAACCAGAGCAAUAUCAAAAAUCACCAACCGUUUACGAAAUGUUCUUAGAAAAUGUGAAAAGGCGUAACGGGAAUAUGCCGGAACAUAUAAAACAUAGCGUUGCCUUCGCAGAAAAACAGGUUCGCAAAGCAUUAUCUUUAUCAACAAUUGAUUAUAGGCAUUUAAUUUCAAAAACAAAUGAAAGUGACAAUGAAGAGUCAAAGGUUUCAUCAUUUAAAACAUCAAAAUGUAAAAAUAUGUCAUCGAGCGAUUCAGGUGAACUGAACGAGAAAGCAGUUGAGUCGGAAACUGAUUGUGAAGAGUUUAUUGAAACACAAAUCCCCCAGCUUUGUACGGAAUCCAUUUCAAACGCACACAGUGGUUCAAGUGUUACUAAUACAAAGGCAGAAGAAGAAUCUGAAACGGAGUGCGAAGAAAUCACUGAAACGCAAAAGGCUGUUGAUUGCUUCCGGUUACGACGGCAAAAUCGUCAUCGUCUGGAUAAUUUUAUUGAUUAUGAGGCUGCAGCUAGUGGAGAUGAAAGUGACGAUGAAUAUAGAGUCAGUCAGUAUGUAAAAGACUCUAUGAUUGUAUCGAGUGAUGAGUUGGAUACAAUAGACGAAAAUGCACCCACAUCUUCUCAGAUGCAAGCACACUAUAUGCAAUCCAUUAAAAGUCCCAAACCUGUGGCUCGUGGUGCUUUCAAAAUUCCGCCCUUCCGGGAGUAUAAUGAUCUCAGUCAAAUUUACUCACAAGUGGCCUCCAUAGAACCUUCCCAGUAUGUUUACGACUCCUUUGUGGUGGAUGAAGAACAUGAUAAAGAAUGUAUGAAAUCGGAAAAUGAAACAUUGAGCCCGCUGGAACGAGCUGAACGUAUUUUAAAAGAACGACAACGUGCACGAAACAAAUUCAAAAAGGUUGGCAAGUUUAAGAAGCGGAAGCGUAUUCACCAGGUUUCCGACAGUUCUGAUGAUGACUUUAUUUUUCUUAAGUAAGAUAACAAAUUUGUAUGUUUUUAAAACUGUUUGAGUAGUAUAAAAGGUAUAUACAUCUGUGCAAAUAUAAUAAUAAACAUAAAAGCUUAGUUUCUCCAACAA